AUGCCGCCCACAGCUCCUUGGCAGCACGUCGUUGUUGACCUGAUGGGACCGUUCGGGCGGCAGACCACAGAGCAGGGCAAUCGACGCAUCUCCUCCUCCUUGAAGCAUCGCACAUGCUCCGGAUCUUCCAUUCGUGCGGUAUGCGAGUUUCGCCUGCCCCGUGGACUCCUGUCGGGCUGUCCGCCCGACUGGCUGGAUCUCGACGCCCGUUGCUACCUGCUGGUCACGGCACCGCUGGCCUUCCACGCGGCCGACCAGCACUGCGGCCAGCUGGCGGAAGGAGCCCGCCUGGGCCAGCCGCCCGAGGAGGGCGUGCACACCAUCCUGGCCGCCCACGCCACGCAAACGGGCGUCACCGGCCACCUCUGGGUCGGCGUGCACGACGAGGUCACCGACGGCAGCUGGGUGGCUUUGGACGGGAUGGCAUGGUACCUCAAGUGGGACGCGUCCGGCGCCCAUCUGCAGCCAAGCUCGACCGCCAACUGCGCCAAGAUGGCGGUGCCCACGGCUGUGGCGAAGUUCCUGCGCCAGGCCACCAACUACGAGGAGAUCGGCAUGAUCGGAAAACGCGCUUACGUCUUUGUGCCGGAGCGCGAACAAUCUCUGGGACCCAGCGCCUACAACAUCUGCGCGUAUGGCACGGUGUUCAAGGCGCGCGACCUGCGCAACGAGGGCCAGAUGGUGGCGCUGAAGAAGAUCCGGGUGCGUCUGUCGGACGAGGGCGUGCCCAUGUCGACCCUGCGCGAGAUCGCCACCCUGCGCCAGCUGGAGAAGUCGGAGCACCCCAACAUCGUCAGGCUGCUGGACAUCUGCCACGGCCAGCGUUCCGAGCAGGGCAACCAACUGAUCCUGGUGCUGGUGUUCGAGCACGUGGACCAGGACCUGGCGGCGUACCUGGAGAAGUGUCCGGCACCCGGACUCAGUCCGGCCGUCAUCAAGAACAUGCUGUACCAGAUCCUGGCUGGCGUGGACUUCCUGCACAGCAACCGGAUCGUGCACCGGGACCUGAAGCCGCAGAACAUCCUGGUGACCAACAGCGGCGACAUCAAGAUCACAGACUUCGGCCUCGCCCGGAUAUACGACUACCAGAUGACGCUUACCAACGUGGUGGUGACGCUCUGGUACCGGGCGCCCGAGGUGCUGCUGCAGUCCUCGUACGCCACGCCCGUCGACAUCUGGUCCGUGGGCUGCAUCUUCGCCGAGCUCUGGCGGCGGACGGCGCUCUUCUGCGGCAAUAACGACGCCGGCCAGCUCGCCCAGAUACUCAAUAUCAUGGGCACGCCGCCCGAGUCGGACUGGCCGGAGAACGUGGCCGUGCUGUGGUCGUCGUUCCAUCACCGGGACGGCAUUCUGGACAAGGUUGUACCUGAGAUCGACGAACUCGGCAAGGACCUGCUCCAGCGGAUGCUGUCGUUCUCGGCGAGUCGGCGCAUCACGGCCGCCGAGGCGCUGCUGCACCCGUACUUCGACGACGAGCGGAUGGCCGUGAGCUCGCCGGCGGCGGCGCUCUCCUGCUCCAGCGCCAAUGACUCGGGCACGUCGAACGCCAGCAGCACGUGAGCGGCCGCCGCCGCCGUCGCCACCGCCGCCCGGGACACAGUGCUGCCGGACGGACGGACGGACGGAGCGAGCCGCGCCGGCCCGCUGCGACGCGGUGCCUUCCUGCUGAGCAUAAUUCCGAGCUGCCGCAUAAUUCCGAGUUACUUGUUGAUACGUCUGGCAUUCCGAGUGCGGACCAAGUGCCUGGCGAUGAAGUGGCAACGCCUGUUGUACUGUGAGGUGUUUUGCGUGGGCCGCGCGGGUGGCCCUGUCUGUUGGCGGGGUGGGACUUCGGGGCGUGGCGCGGUACCCGUCCAAUCGACGCCGUCAUACCUCACAAGCUGCCAUGCGCCAGCGCCGCCCGGCCGCGGUCUCGGCGGCGCCGGCGGCCUCUCGCGACCUGCGUCCGCCCGCCGCCGGCCGCCGACCGACCGACCGGCCGGACUUUUGUACAUAGUGUCGCCAGAGAGACGUACGCUUGCGGUCACCGACGGUAGCGUCGUGCCUAGUUUCUGUUUACCUGUUGGACCGUCUCCGAGCCGUGGCGGGGCGGUCGUCGCGGAACGCGCGCCGGCGGCUCUCGACCGGUCCGGCCCGCGCCACCCCUCAGCGGCUAGGGCCGCGGACCCUAGUUGUAGUCUCCUCUGGCUUCGUCUCCUAGUCACAUGUCUCACUUUGCCGCCACGGAGCGAAGGUCGGCUCUGGUACUGCCCACUCGGUCCUGUCCAUGUUUCUGCGCGUCCAGCAGACCGCCGUGUGUCCCAGGUGCUACCGCGCAGACGCUGCGCGCAGGAGCUGGAGCCGGUACUCGUACUUAAUAUCAGGCUGCUAACAUAUCAACUCCAAAGCUGCCUUAAACAUUGUACGCCAAGGCGCUGGUUUACGAGUGUGCAGUUUGUACAUUGUACAUGGUUUUCGAGAUGAAUGUUGUGUAAUUUGUACAUGCUUUGUUUGAGACGUUAUAUAUUUCAUACAAAUAUUUCGGGAA